AUGCAACAGCAACACCAGCAACGUCGAAUGUUCACAGCUGCCCUCCUGGCACUCUUUUUCCUUCUGGCAGCUGUGAGUACCACUGAGGCUGGCAAGAAAGAGAAACCAGAGAAAAAGGCGAAGAAGUCUGACUGUGGGGAAUGGCAGUGGAGUGUCUGUGUGCCCACCAGUGGUGACUGCGGGCUGGGGACACGCGAGGGCACUCGCACUGGAGCUGAGUGCAAACAAACCACCAAGACCCAGAAGUGCAAAAUUCCCUGCAACUGGAAGAAGCAGUUUGGAGCUGAGUGCAAGUACCAGUUCCAGGCCUGGGGAGAAUGUGACUUGAACACAGCCUUGAAGACUCGAACUGGGAACCUAAAGAGAGCCCUCCAUAACGCUGACUGCCAGAAGACUGUCACAAUCUCAAAGCCCUGUGGGAAGCUUACCAAACCCAAACCUCAAGGUAAAUUCCAUUUGCUGAAAGCUGCAUGA